GGAACCAGGCUGGGCCAUGUGCAAGGCAAUCUCAACCUGGGCAUUGCAAGUCACGUGAACCAGAAUCGCCUCAAGGAGCAGGGAACGAACCAGUACUACACUGCCAUCAACUACAGAAAGCAAAAUUUUGAGGAGCUGCAGGCAGCCUGCCUGAAGAACAGGGUGCUCUUCAAGGACCCCGAGUUCCCUGCUGCUCCUACGUCGCUGGGCUUCAAGGAACUGGCCCCUGAUUCCAAACCUGUGCAGAACAUCUCCUGGAGGCGGCCCACUCAAAUCACAAAGAAUCCUCAAUUCAUUGUGGAUGGGAUCACCUCAACAGACAUCUGCCAGGGGGGUCUGGGGGACUGCUGGCUGCUGGCUGCCAUCGGCUCCCUGACCACAUACCCCAGACUGCUGUACCGUGUGGUGCCCAAGUCACAAAGCUUCAAGAAAAAUUAUGCUGGAAUCUUUCAUUUUCAGAUUUGGCAAUUUGGGCAAUGGUUCGAUGUGGUGGUGGAUGACCUGCUACCCACAAAGAAUGGCAAGUUAUUGUUCGUCCACUCAGCUGAGCGCAAUGAGUACUGGAGUGCCUUACUGGAGAAGGCCUAUGCCAAGCUGAGCGGAUCCUAUGAAGCCCUGUCAGGGGGCAACACGAUGGAGGGGUUUGAGGACUUCACAGGAGGUGUGACUGAGAGCAUCCAGCUCACAAACCCGCCUCAGAACAUGAUGAGGAUACUCAGGAAGGCAUUGGAGCGGUGGUCCCUCCUGGGCUGCUCCAUUGAGGUAUUCAGCAGCAGUGAGUUGGAGACCUUAACCGCGAACAAGCUGGUGAAGGGUCACGCUUACUCAGUGACGAGCAUAAAGGAUAUUUCCUACAAAGGCAAGAUAAAAACCCUGAUUCAAGUGCGGAACCCCUGGGGGCGCAUCGAGUGGACCGGAGCCUGGAGUGACAAUUCUAGGCAUUGGGAAGAGGUGGACGCCAACGUCCGGCGGCAUCUGCUGCGCAACAAAGAGGACGGCGAGUUCUGGAUGUCCUACAAAGACUUCCUGCGCAACUUCACGCUCCUGGAGAUCUGCCACCUGAUGCCCGACCCGCAGGGCGGGGUGCCGCAGAGCCCCUGGCACAUCACCUUCUUCGAGGGCAGCUGGCGGCGGGGCAGCACGGCGGGCGGCUGCCGGAACCACCUAGACACCUUCUGGACCAACCCGCAGUUUAAGAUCAGGCUCCCGGAGAAGGACGACGACCCCGACGACGUGGAGGGCAUGUGCACCUGCCUCGUGGCCCUCAUGCAGAAGAACUGGCGCAAGGGGAAGAUGAAGACUCCGCAGCGGCACACCAUCGGCUUCGUCAUGUACUCGGUCCCAAAGGAGUUCCAGAACAUGAAGAACAUCCACCUGAAGAAGGAAUUCUUCACCAAGUACCGGGACCAGGGCUUCUCCGAGAACUACACCAACUCCCGAGAGGUGAGCAGCCACAUGCGGCUGCCGCCCGGCGAGUACCUCAUCAUCCCCUCCACCUUCGAGCCGCACAAAGACGCCGACUUCCUGCUCCGGGUCUUCACGGAGAAGUACAGCGAGUCCUGCGAACUGGAUGAAACUGACUAUGCCGAGCUACUCCAUGAGGAGGUCUUCCGUGUGGAGGAAGUGGAUCAGAACUUCCUGACUCUGUUCGACUUGGUGGCAGGAGAGGACAAGGAGAUAGACGUGUUUGAGCUUCAGAGGCUGCUCAACAAGGUGCUCUCGAGCGAAAAAUACUUCCGGACCAAAGGCUUCGGCCUGGACGUGUGUCGCUGCAUGGUUAACCUCAUGGACAAAGACGGCUCUGGCAAGCUGGGGGUUUCGGAAUUCCAGGUCCUGUGGAGAAAAAUCGAGAAGUGGAUGGGCAUCUACCAAGACUCAGAUGAAGACAACUCAGGCACCUUGAAUUCCUAUGAGAUGCGCCUGGCAAUGGAGAAAGCAGGCAUCAAGGUGAGUAACAAGGUGACACAGGUGCUGGUGGCCAGGUACGCCGAUGAUAAGAUGGUCCUGAACUUCGAUAGCUUCGUCUGCUGCUUCCUGCGGCUGAAGGCCAUGUUCAAGUACUUUCUCACCAUGGAUCCCAAGAAAACGGGCUACAUAAGCUUGACCCUGAAUCAGUGGCUGCAUAUCACCAUGUGGGGGUAG